AUGUAUUGUAACUACACAUCCCCCUGCACGCCCUGCAUCACCCGAGCCUUCCCGUCCUGCAAGGAGACCGGUUUUAUCAGGGAAUCCCAGUGCAUCCUCUCAGCCAAGGCGCUGGCCUGCGACUACGUGAGCGCGCUGGGAAGCGGCCAGACCAGGGACGAGGAGCAGACUCAGGCCUGCACCCCCCGCCUCCGCCUCUCGCUGCCCGCCUUCGAGCUGUGCAUGCUGGCCGUCCUGGGCGCCUGCAUUCUGUUCAUCCGCGCGCGAACGAGGAUUUGA